AUGGCUCCGACCGAGUCCGCGCGCUCUGCGCUGAGCGCAUUCACCUGCACACUAUGCAACAAGUCUUACUCGCGGCACCCAGAAUACGAGGCUCACAUCGGUUCAUAUGACCACCAGCAUAGAAAGCGUCUACAAGAUCUGAAACAGCUAUCGCGGGACCCCAAUGCAGCGGAGAAGGCACGCCGGGCAGAACGCAAGGCCGACGCGGAGGCCGGUCUGAAGGUGAUUGAGACCCCCGGUGACAAUGCGGCACCGACCAGCACUAGCACAGCUGGGGCUGGCUUCAAGAAAGGGGGAUUCAAGAGCUCUUUUGCCGCUGUGAAGGGUUCAGCUGCCCCUGCAGCUCCAGUCAGAAAGAAUGUUCUGGGAGAUGAUGAUGAUGCCCCUCAAUCAAAACAUGAGUCUCUGCCAGUCGCCAAGGCUCAGCAGAGUGGGAACUAUGGCGACAUGGAAAGUGAAGAUGAAGGGUAUGGCCCCGGCCAAGCGGCGUUUUACGAUCCUCGUCGACCAACGGAUUGUUUUGACGGCUGUGCCGCCCCGAACGUCCCCAUUACGGCCUGA